AAUACCCAACAAUAUUAGAUUUAUAUAUGUUGGUCGAUGAUAAGUUAAGUAUUUGAGCUGGUUCCAAAUGCAACUUUACAAUGAUUGCCGCCUACAGAAAUACACAACUCAAGUCAAGACAAAGCAUGUACUGACAAAUAGGAAAGAAACCCAUAUUCCAGAUUUCAAGAUUCUUUCGGUCUUCUUUUUGUUACUUUUUCUAAUUCCUUUAGAAAGGAAAGCAAAGCAAAGCUAGCUAGCUGCUUCCUCCAUGGCAGACACUCUCCUUUCUAUACUUGUGGUCUUCCUGAAUCUUCUCCAAGCAACGUCUUUACUACUGUUAACAACUUCCUCUUAUCAAGUUUCUCUUGGUCCAAACCAGACAAGUUACCCUCUUUCCUGCUCUAACCGGACCCAAACAUGCUCUUCUCUGCUCUAUCAUCAAUUCAACGGUCUCACUCAACAACAACUUUCAUCAUAUUACUCUGUGGAUCCCUCCCAUAUCUACAGAAACGACCAGCAGCAGCAACAACAAGAUUGGCUUGUGUCCGUUUCUUGUUCUUGUAACGAGAUUAACGGCUCUCUGGGUACAACCGUAGGGUUCAUCUAUGGAACGGUCUAUCGUGUGCAGCCAAGUGACACUUUUGGAGACGUCUCCAACAAGAAAUACAGUGGACAGGCUUUGGAAGUUGGAGGCGAAAACACUACUUUUUCUCCUGGAAAUAACGUAACUGUUCCUCUAUUGUGUGGUUGUGUCGACAGCAGCUCACAGAUCAUAGUGGUGACCUAUACAGCUCAACCGCACGACACUUUGUCAGAUAUCGCGCGUCGCUUUUCAGCUAGAGUAGACGGGAUUCUGAAAUUGAACAAAAUCUUGAACAAUUCUGAUUUUGUUGAUGUGGGAUGGGUGCUCUUUGUUCCAAUGGAGAAGAAUGGAAUUUCUCCACCAAAGUCAGGAGGUAAGUCAAGAAAAUGGGAGAGAUGGAGCAUAGUUGCAGGUGUAUUAUCAACUGUAACACUGGUUACACUAUGUGCAUUGGGUGCAAUCCUCGUCAUCAGGAAGAGGAAGACAGAAUCUAUCGCCAAAAACCACCAAUUGCAUUCGAUGCAAAAGCAUAAGCUAAAGACAGAAGGUUUUGUAAUUGAAACGGAAAGACCGGUAACGUAUGAGGUUGAGGAGAUAGCUGAGGCGACAAAGAACUUUGACGAAUCGAGAAGAAUAGGAGUGGGGGGAUAUGGAACGGUGUAUUUGGGGAUGAUAGGACAGAAGGAGGUAGCUGUAAAGAAGAUGAAGUCUAACUUAUGUAAGCAGUUUUAUGCAGAGCUUAAGGUUUUGUGCAAGAUUCAUCAUAUAAAUGUGGUGGAGCUGUUGGGGUAUGCCAGUGGAGAUGAACAUCUCUAUCUAGUUUAUGAAUACGUUCAAAAUGGUUCUCUCAGCGAUCACCUUCAUCAUCCCUUGACCAAAGCAGGUUUUCAGGCUCUUUCUUGGACUGCAAGGACACAGAUUGCCGUAGAUUGUGCAAAGGGAAUUGAAUACAUUCACGACCACACAAAAGCCCGUUAUGUGCAUAGGGACAUUAAGACGAGCAACAUCCUGCUGGACCAAGGGCUGAGGGCAAAGGUAGCUGACUUUGGAUUAGCAAAGCUUGUGGAGAGAAGGGAUGAUGGCGAUGAUGAUGAUGAUUUGAUUGUAACUCGGUUGGUUGGGACUCCAGGAUAUCUUCCUCCAGAGUCUAUUAAGGAGCUGCAGGUGACGACUAAAACAGAUGUUUUUGCGUUUGGGGUGGUCCUGGCAGAACUUGUAACAGGCAGUAGAGCACUUGUCCGUGACACUGAAGAACCUGAGAAACUCAAAUCUCUUAUCACUGUUGUGGACAAGAUGUUUGAAGAUGAAGAUCCAUUAAAGGCAUUGGUAGCCAUAAUAGAUGAAAACAUGCAGGGAAACUAUCCUAUGGAGAACGUAUUCAAGAUGGUAGAAAUGGCUCGUUGGUGUUUGAGUGGAGAAGCGGUGGAUAGACCCGAUAUGAGGGAUGUGGUGGUGGUGCUGUCCCAAAUACUGACGUCAUCCUUAGAGUGGGAAGCAUCACUUGGGAGCAGCAGUCAACUCGUCAUCUUCAAUGGAAAUGGAAGAUGAUGAUUAAUUAAUAUCUUUAACCUAUUUUAUAUAUAUAUAUAUAUAUAUAUACUCAUUUCUUUCUUAACAUCUCUGUACAAAAUAAAAUAAUUAAUUAUCCAUUUUCUUUAUUUAAUUACGCACUCUUUCUUUCUUACCUAAAAAAAAU